GUCGGUCACGGCAUUGCGUGAGCCCGGCCGCGGGUACUUUUGGAAAUCAGCCAGCGCCGAAUGCAGCUCCUGCGAUCCCUGGUCAACACGGCAGCCAUGCUCCCACCCAUAUGCGUUGUUGGCAAAGGCACCGGCCGGCGAGUGGACCAGGUCAGCUGUCGGGUCAAUCAUAUUGUCCUCGGGCAGCUCCGGCAGCCCGACAUCGCCGACCAAGCGCUCAUCGACGCGCGCACACAACAGCCACUCACUGCCAUUACAUGAUAAUGGCGCCCAGAAGAUCCCAGUAUUGCGGCCCAGCUCCUCCUCCAUCGCAUACUCGACCACGCCAUACUGCACACCCGACUGCCUGGCCCACGACAACACUGUCUCGCGUCCGACAAGUCCGUCGUAUACAACAACGUUGCCGUCGCGCGAAAACGCCACGAACCGCCCAUCGCCUUGGCUGCGCGUGUAGUACCAGUCGUUCUGGACGCAUCUGCGGUGUCUGCUCCACAGGGCACUCUUUCACUGCCAUUAGCCGUGCCCGCCAUUGUGCCAUGCACCCACCGCUGGCCCUUGUCGGCAAGCAUAACCACGUCCAAUUUCCCACCACAGCUAUGCCACAGCGACUGCUCGACCUGCUGCCUCCCGCAGGUACGUCAGCAAUGAUGGGCUGCCGGCUGCCUGGAUGGUAGAGAACCGGUCGUUCCAUAUGCUGCGUGCCGUGGCCACAGCGACACUGACUACGUUUCCGUCCUUUGCUUCGGUAGCGCUCAAUGGCACUGCGCUGAAUAGCAAUGUCGGUCGCCGCACGUUAUGCGUAGGAUCGGUCCCAGUGAACCACACGUGGACGCCACCGGAGAUGGCCUGUAAAAAUACUCCGGUGACCGACGCUGGCCAGCUGCUCAGUGCCUCGCCACGCAAAUACCG